AUAUUCAGGUUGCCCAGGUACACAGUGUGUAUACUGUUGGUUACGGAUAUUGAAGUAACAUAUAUUUUGGAGCGGAAGUGAAUGAGAGUGGUCUACUUAAAUUUCCAAAUAUGGCUGAAGGUCAGGAUUUAUCCAAGAUGGAUGCCUCAGAGAUAGAUAUUGCUGAGGAUGAGUCUGAUGGUCAAAAAUCUCCCACAAGUCGCAGGAAAAAAGUGAAAAAAGUCUCCAUAGUCAAAUCCAAGAAACAAACAGACAAGAGAUUUGAUUGGCCAAAAAAGAGUUACUUUGAAAUUCUUUGUCAAGAGGGAAAUGAAAUGAAAAAUCUUGUGCACAGAGUUGUAAUCAUUGGAAAACUGAAGGAGGAUGCAGAUAGGAGUGAAGUUGGAAACUAUCAUGAGCAACUCUUAAAGAAUCUGCAGAAUACGAACCAGACAGAGCCAAUCACCGGCCUCCUAUUGGUCUACAUGAAACACCUGGUCCAUGUCAUGGAGUGUUCAGCUGAUGCAAUCAUGGCUGUGGUUCGGGACAUGAAGGAGAGCAAAAGCUCAACAAAAGGAUUCCUGGAAAAUUCGAAAAUUUUAGUGAUUUCUCAUGACAUUCAGAACCGUUUGUACCAGCAGUGGAGUUUCAGACAGUUAGACAUUGUAGCUGCACGCAUCGAAAGCAUUGAUUCUAACGAAUCAACAGAUAAAGUAGUGAUAGACCUUGUCACCCAGCUACUGAAGCUGGGCAAUGCACUGGCCAAAACACCCAAAUUAAAUUUGAAAAAUGUUAUGGACUCUCUACAUGAAAAGCUUCCUGACCUAUUACCACAACAAGCUGUCCUGCAUUACUUGAUGGAGGAUGAAGAUCCCUGCAUGAUAACACUAGAAGAAUACAUUAAUCUGGAGGAACAGCCAUUUGAUGUGGUUCUCGAAAGUGAGUUAGUUUGGCCUCUUCCCACCAGGCUAUUCCCAUACAAGUAGACAACUCCACAGAAAUUUUGAAUACUGACACAAUAAAUGAAAGACAUCAUAACAUCCUGGGACCCCAAAAAAUAACAACUUGGAAUGAACAAGACAGGACAUUAUUUUUUUUCAUUGUUAUUUUGUUUAAACGUUUAUACUUAUUUGUCUGUACUGUAUUUAUGACAUUAAAUUUUUCUGUAAAUUACA